AGGCAACAGCCCUCUUUUUUUUGUUUCCAAUUUGGUCAUUUGGCCCUGGUCUUUGCCUCUCUCGGAGUGAAACUCGUUCAAAGUAAAAACAUUCUGCGAGUAACCAAAAGAAAUUAUGUUAGUAACAUUGAGGAAAAGGCCUGCAAUUCGGUGGUUGAUGAUAGAAGUGAGUUUGAUUUAUAAGAAAGCUACGUAAUCACAACCAAAAGUGACGCACCAUCUUAAUCUUUUCUCACCUGCAGUUGACUAGGUAAGGCGAGAAACCCAAAUAUCCAUUAUCCAGUUCUAGAUAAUUCGAGCAGAACCUUUGAGAUUCGUGCAAUGGAAUCGUCAUCUUCAUCCUCGAUCAUUACUCCCGAAGAUGUGUUGGAGACGCUGAUGAACGACGGCACAAUUGACGCCAUCCGACUGAAAAUCAUCUCUCAGCUCAAAGCCAAUGAAGAACUGAAGAACACAACCAUAAAAAUGGUGGAACAGAGUAAGGUUCUGAACACUCCAGGGGCUGAGAAGCAGACCAAAAGAGAGCUUUUUGAUGCACUUCGUCAAGAACUAGAGACUUCAGUGCUUGAAAAAGCUUCUAAAUCAGUGUGGGAGCUCAUUUUGGAUCACAAUGGGAUAGGGAAGGAGAUAACUGGCACCGUUGAGGAUGUCUUCUGUAGAUUGAGUGGGAGAGAACCACCUUUAUUCCCUCCUCCACCUCCUGAUGAACCCAAACCAGAUAAAGAGUCUGAUGAAGGAAGGGAAACUGAGAAGGAUAAACCGGACUUGGCAUUAAAGAAGAGGAAACUCCAUGAAGUGGUGAACACUGAUGAGGGAGGUGGCACAGAUGAAGUUGCUACCAAAUCAGAUGUCAAGUCCACUGAAGCAGCAUUCGAUGACUCCAAUAGAAGAAUGUCUAUGCCAUGUGCAAAACCAUAAUAUAAGUUCGCCCGAUUGUCUCCAAUGUUUUCUCUUCCCAACCAGACACAUAUUUGCUUUAUCAUUUUGCUCAUUUUAACCCCUUGAACUAGAAUCUUUAAGGUUUUUGUUUGUUUGGAGAUUUUGGAUGGAGGGGGAGGAGAGGUUUGAUAUUUGUUUUACUAAUUAUUAUAUCUAUCUUAGUUUUAGACUAGAAAUAACUAAUUUUUUAGUUAGAACAUGUAUUUAUACAUAGUUUCUUAUCUUCACUUUAUUUUCAACUGUCUAAAUGUAGAACUUAUCUUUACAAUAAAUAUCACCCCCUACUCCCUGGUCAGACUUUCUACAACCAAACAAGGCUGUUGGCG